AUGUCCACUGAGAACUUUGCCACGCUGCCGCAUCGUGUGGCCCGGGAUGCUCACAUCGAGCCCUUCCACAUCGCCAUCCCCCAGCACGAGAUCGAUAGACUCCAUUUACUCCUCGACAACUGCCCCGUGGCAGACGCCAACUGGGAAAUCUCGCAGGAAGAUGGGCGUUUCGGCGUGACCAGAGACUGGCUGACCAAAGCCGUAAAAGAUUGGCGUCACAAUUACAACUGGCGUCAAUGGGAAGCCCAAUUCAACUCGUACCCUCAGUACAUGAUCGACGUCAAGGACGAUGAUGGCAAAGCAUACAGUAUCCGCUUCAAUGCUCUUUUUUCCACCAAUCCAAAGGCGUUGCCAAUCAUCUUCCUGCACGGCUGGCCUGGUUCAGCGGUAGAAUUUCUUCCAAUGCUGGAACUUAUCAAGCAGCAAUACCAGACUGCAGACUCCUUGCCUUAUCACAUAAUCGUCCCCGACCUCAUCGGCUUCGGUUUCUCAUCUCGCCCUCCUAUCGAUAAAGACUACGGUUAUGAUGACAAUGCGCGGAUUCUAGUCAAGAUGAUGCACAGCCUGGGCUUCACAGCGGAGAAUGGCGGAUAUAUGACUCAGGGAGGUGACCUCGGCGGCACUGUGGCUCCCAAAAUGGCCGUUCUUGAUCCGGAGAAUUGUCGACUUGCACAUGUCAACGUAUUAGCGAUGCCACCGCCCGAGGGAGCAGACGUUGAGGAAGACAUCCGAUCUGGCAAAUACACACCAGAGGAGGCUGAGGCUUUGCGUAACGGCAUGGCAUUUUUUGCUAGGGGAGCUGCAUACGCAGCAAUUCAAGGCACCCGGCCUGCGACUUGUGGCUUGGCCAUUGGUAGCAGCCCAGUCGCAUUGUUUGCAUGGAUCGGAGAAAAGUUCAUCGAGUGGUCAGAUCCUGAGUCGAGACCUUCUCUAGAACAUAUUCUCACCAAUGUGUCUUACUAUUGGUUUACAAAAUGUUAUCCCACAUCAGUCUGGAUCUACCGACUUAUGGUCGCGGAAGGGUCAAACAUUCGAUCCGGAUGGGUUGGCAUUCAGCGCCCUCUUGGGUAUUCCUGGUUUAAGUCGGACGCCUUCAAUCCCCCAAAGCAGUGGCGCGAUAGAAUUGGCAUAGCCAAAUGGUUCCGAUAUCACGAACGGGGAGGCCAUUUUGCAGCAUUAGAGCAGCCAAAUCUCUUGUGGGAGGAUGUCGUGGAUAUGAUUGCAGACUUUGACCUUCAGCCGCGUAAUUGA